AUGCUAGACACAGCUAGCAAUGGGAACUUCCUCAACCAGGAUGUAGAUGAUGGCUGGCAACUUGUGGAGAACAUAGCUAACUCAAAUGGAAGCUAUGGAGAAGAGUAUGAUCGCACCAACCGGAGCUCGACCCACCACUCGAUCGAGUCAGACGAAAAGUUGAGAAAAGAUGUUAAGGCAUUGAAUGAGAAGUUGGAUAAGCUGAUCCUAGCUCAGUCCACAAUGAAGAAAGUCAACUUUGUGUCUGCUGAGGAGAUGGAACCAGUCCAAGAAGGGGAGGAUACACAAUUUGCUGAGGUGUGCUACAUGAGCAAUGGGCAAGGAGGUUACAACAAAGGAUACUAUAAUUACAAGUCCAACCCUGCCAUGUCAUACCGCAACACUGAUGUUGCUAACCCUCAGGACCAAGUCUAUCCUCAACAACAAGCAGCUCGAUCGAGUCAAGGCCACAACAUGGGCUUUCCCCACCAACCACCCCAGCCUGCACCUUCACAAGAGAAUGAGCUCAAGGCAAUGCUAAAGCAACUACUUCAAGGGCAAGCUGAUGGGGUAGUGGACACAAGCAAGAAGCUAGCUGAAAUAAACUCUAAGAUCGAGAACCUCAACACAAGGGUUUACUCUCUGGAGAAUCAUGCUUCUUCUGUUGCUGCUGCUACAAAGCAAGGACAACUACCUGGUAAAGCUAUUCAGAACCCCAAGGAACAGUGCAAGGUCAUCUUCACUCAAGAAGGACUUGUUGAAGAAGAGGAUCAAGAAAGGGUCAUUGAAGAUUUUUGUUUACUGCUGAAUGAUGAAGAGAUUGUUGCUGCUGAGGCUCCUGGAGUCCAGAUUGAUCAACCAGAAGUGCAUGCACCUACUGUGGCCAUUCACACUUCACCAGUUGAGCUCGCACGACAAGCUCGAUCGGCAGCUCGAUCGAGUCCAACUCUAGCUCGAUCGAGUCCGACCUCUUCUGUCCGAAGCCUGUUUUGCUUGAUCCUUACCAACCGGUUGCCGCUUCCUCGUCUCGCCUACUUAGUCAAGGUCACAAGGAAGUGA